UUACGGGACCGUGUUUAUAUCUGUGUGUGUUACAAUAGAGAAAAAUAAUUGUUGCUAAAGAAUGGCUACGAGGAAUUUGACCGAGCCCUUCGUUCUGAUGCGAAAUAAUGCUUUGCAGACCAGGCAUAUCUACGCCGAACAGAAUCUUACUGAUCGAGUGGCACUGGUGGAAUCAGACUCCGGUGGAUCCGAUAAUGUCGAACUGAAAGGUGUGAGCGCGGACAGCGGUGCGCCGCCUGUCUGGGUGGACGCUUUGGAAGAGACACAGUACAUCUUGAACAAAUUACGUGUGAAAAUAGAUAGCCUGGUCGAGCUGCACUCCAAGCAGCUCACCAGGCCCACCUUGGACGAUACGUGUCAGGAAGAAAGACAAAUGGAACAAUUGACACGAGAGAUUGGACGUGCAUUCUCUAAUGGCUAUAGACAAGUACAAACAAUUAAGUCAGCUGGCAGGCAUGAAACUAAGCCUGCUGAACGUCGGCUAGCUGUUAGCGCAGUAAUGGCCCUUUCGACUGCUUUACAAGAAUUAGGUCUUCGAUAUAGAUCAGCACAAAAUCAUUACUUGACACAGGUGAAAUCAAGAGAAGAGAGGAAUAGUCAGUUCUUUGCAGAAGAUCAGUCUUUUUUAGAUAAUGUAGCAACCGAUUCUUGGUUGACAGAAUCAAAUGAGGCAACUGCUGACUAUUGGCAGAAAAAUGAGCAAAGACAGGACUCGGUUUUAUUGCAGUUGGAGGAACCAGAAGAUAGAGUAAAAUUAGCAUUGGAAAGAGAAGAACAAAUUGGAAGUAUAGUUCAAAGUAUAGCAGACUUAAAACACAUUUUCAAGGAUCUUGCAAUAAUGGUAGAGGAUCAGGGUACUAUUUUAGAUCGUAUUGACUAUAACAUCGAGCAAACACAGGUGCAAGUACAGGAGGGUUAUAAACAAUUAAAGAAAGCAGACUCGUAUCAAAAGGCUAAUAAAAAAUUGUACUGCAUCGUUGUUCUCGCGGCUGCUAUUAUAUUGCUUAGCUUUGUGUUUAUCAUAUUUAAGACAUAGAAGUAUUUAUAAUUAAAAAAUAAAUAUAAAAAUAUUGAUACACUUGUUGGUAUUUAUCAUCGUGUUCCAUAAAAUUAUAUCUUUAUAGAAUCUGUUGUAAUGAUGGAAAACUAUUUUUAUUAAGAUAGUAUAUGCAGUCUUUUCUCAGAUAUUAUACCAACAGGGAGACAAUGUAUUCAAGGAUUAUGG